AAAUCUCGACCUGGGUUGAGUCUGUUCAGAAGAAGCCGCCAUUUCAAAACGCGAAGAAGCCAAACAAGCUUGCAGGAAAUUUUGUACAUUUUUAUUUUUUUAAAACAUAUUUUUAUUUUCUUAGCAAACAGGACACCUGUGAAUCUACCUCGCGUGCAUCACCAGCUGCAAUGGAUGCAGACACAGAAGAAAAGAUGACAGAAACUUCAAAAACUUCCAAGGAGGAACCUGAGAAACCAGUCAUGGACAACAAAGCUAGGGGUCGUGGGUUUAGAGGCCGCGGUCGAGGGGGUCGGAUGAUUCGAGGAAGUAUGCGUGGAGGGCGUGGGAUGAUGAAAGGGUUCGGUCCACCUGGGCAUGAGAGGGGUCGUUUCAAACAGGGACCAAUGAAUGGAUUUGCACCCAUGAGAGGAAUGAGGAGGAUGCGACCUUACCCAGACAUGAGAGGUCAUAGAGGCAGGGGCAGACCAAUGGGCAUGGGCCCUCCUCCUCCCCCUCCACCCCACCUACCCCCCAUGCACAUGAGAAGCCCCUUCCCACCCAUGCCAAGGCACAGACUCCCUCCACCCCCUCCUCGAGGUCAUCCUGGGUUCAGAGGGCGUCCACAGCACCCUCGAGGCCGUGGCAUGCCACCCCCACAUGGACCCCCACACCACUUCCAGCCGCCAGGGCCGAGAGGCUACCACAAUGGACCCUUCUCUCAUCCGCCUCACCCCCCACCUGGCAGAGGCCAGAGGUGGCCAGGGCCCCCUGGUGGCCGACGCUUUUAACACAGCCUGCCCUAAAAACCAAUUAACAAAGCCCUUGUUAAUGUAGAAGGGGCUUAAAACUGGUGCAGUGAAAGGAAUGCCCCUCAAUUAUGUGUUACUCUAAGUCUCUGAGUACCCUCAUGACAUGCUCUGUGGCCAAAUGUCUGCUUAUUGAUACUGUCUACUGGCUAAGAAACAAUGUGAAACAGAGGAAACAGCUGAUAACAUUGUAAAAGGCAUCCUCACACUCUGUUACAGAUGUUAAAACAUACUGUUGGUACUGUAGGAACUAUUUGACAUGGGGGUUAAUAUUUGUCAAAGUUCAUGACGUGUUCUGUGGUUCUUGUUAAUGUCACCCUGUGAGCCUUAAAGCUGAUCCUGAUUCUUCUUAAUAACAGUAAAAGUGGGUGACAGUUUGGAGGUGGGGGAAAGUUAAAGAAAGAGUGCAGCCCUCAAGCACUACUGUUAUCGUUUAGUUCACCUUGGACCUCCCUAAUCUUUCCUUUUGUUACUUUGAAAUACAUAUGUAUUAUAACCUCACCGAGCAGUGCAGCAAACCCUGUUUGACACAUUUUACAAGAGAACAAUAUUCCACUUGUCAAGUAUUCAUGAAUAUUUAAUUUUAUAUUAUAUAUAUCGUUAAUGUGCAGCUAAUUUAAGUUACGAGUACUGCUGUUUGGAACAUUCAUGUUUGUCUACAGCAAUCUUUGUGUAAUGACAUAAAGGCGAAGGCAUUAUUAAUGAAUAGUGUACUGAGAUAUAUCUAGUAGCUUUUAUAAAAGAAAGCACAUUUCAGUAGUAUUUGCUUCAGUUAAGGAUAAGACACUACUCUUUACUGUGUUACAUUUGUUUGAAGUGUUAUAAAAGCUUAAUUCACUGUAAUUAACAUAACUUUUGUGAACCUGUGAAUGUGUUAUGAAAACCGUCGAGACAUGACGUAGCCGUGGAGAACGAAAAAUAAAACAAACAAAGAAAAACUCAA